AUGUUUGCAGUCACUGGCGAGGUACGAAAAAAGAUAACACUGUUUCCCAAUGUGGGAAUGCCCGAUAUUGCUUCAGUGUAGCCAUAUAUAUGUUGGCGCUUAUUAUACAUACCAAUACAAGUCUUACCAGGAAUGUCUUGCCCCAUUUGCAUAUCCAGAAAGUGUGCUGAUUCCCCACACUGUUCUUGGGUAAUGCGAACGGGGUUGGUUGUCUAUCUCAUCACCAUUCGUAUCUAACACCAUCGUCGGGUACAUACCACCAUACAUAUUGAUUACCCUCCUUAUAUAUAAUAUCUUCAAAUGUUGGUUCAGUCUGGUUACCAUGUCGCACCGGAAAAAAUGUCAUCUAUAUACCGUUUUGUACCAAUGCUGUACUGCUCAAUAAAUUCAAAUGGAUACAACGAUGUAGUCCCAGCGUGUGUAGCAGUUAAAUACUCAUCCACCAUUUCCUUCAGAAAAUCGAAUUCAUGCAUAAACGCAAAAAUAUUCGCUAGUUCGGGAGCUGGUGCCGUUCCCAUAAAGAUACCAGAGGCUUGUUGGUACAUGCCGUUCCCAAAUUGUACAAAUCCUUCAUCCAGAAUAAAAUCUAUCCAUUUACAGACCCGUUCCCAUCCAAUGUAAUUCGCUCGACCUCUACUAGAUGUUACGUUGCUCGGGUUUUCCUUUGACCACUCGAUGUCCCUAACAAAUGGUGUCUUGUUCUCAGGCCCAAUACCCCAUUUCAACUUCAUCGACCUAAACCCAUGUCUCUCAGCUUGGUGUUCAAACGGCAAUUUCAAAGCUUCCCUCGAUUUUUCCUUCAAUGGUACUACAGGGAUAUUAGGGUACAUACCAACGAAGUCAAUGUUUGGAAAACAUGGGCAUCAGUACAUCCCUCCAUUUGUGCGCGAACAUCGAUAUCCUGUGCUACUUCUAGAAGACUUUCCCCGCUAGAGGUAAUCCAACAUUCCUUGGCGGCAGCAAUACCAACUUUUGCGCAUUCUUCACGCCAGAUCGUGUGUAAACAAGUCCGGAUACCAACCAGGACUGUGUUGACUACCUUAGCCACCCCUUCUGUUAUCGUACCACAACAAGCUGUGAUUCCACGUGUCGCUACCAACGGCUUAUGUAGUUUAGCAGUGAGGUAUCGUGUGGGUAAGUUCUCAGUGUUUUCAUACUGAGUGUCACCAUCCUCAUCUUUGUACUGCUGCUGUGGGAUGGGCGACUUUUCAUCUACCAAAAACUUAUUAUGUUGUCGGUCAAUGGUCGUCUGUUUCACCAGCUCCAACUCUUUGUGUACUGUCCUAUACCCCGGUCCUUCAAGUUCUGUUUUGGCUUACCUAAUAUAGCACGCCUUGCAUGUGAUACAGAUGCAGUUGGCCGCUUUGUCGACUCCCGUAAACACCACCUUCUUGUGCAAUUGUUGAAAAGAUCUUCUAGCUGCAGCGAAAUCUAUGUGGCCUGUAAGAGGCUUAGCAACCUCCCCCUUGUCCGCGUCAGUCACUUUUUGUUCUAUCGCGUCGUACAAAGCAUCCUCCCAGUCCUCAAUAUCAUCGCGUGGCACUUUGAGUUCAUGACAUAAAUCGCCAAUGUACGAUUCUAUGGCGUCUAUGAGCGAUUCAAAGAAAGACAGGUCAUUCAAGGCGUCAGCUUAUUCUGUUCUAAAACCAGCUUGUGAGUUUAGCACAGCUGCAGCGUUGUCAUCCUGAAGACAUCCGGCAUCUAUCUGUAGUAAUCAAACAUUUGAAACCAUCCUUGGCAACAAUCGUGUACUUACUCCAUUGGGGGUCUUUGCAAAUACAUCUUUAUUUACCAUGAUUUACAUCUCUCGCUACGUUGGUGGUAUUGAACAUCAUACUAUCUAGGGUGUCACCAUACUUAAAACAAGGGAUAAUACGUUGUACAGCGUCACGGAAUGCACGGUGUUGGGGGGGAAUGUACGCUAGAAUAUUUACCCGCAUGAACAUAACACGGAGCCCCAAGGAGUCUGCAAGAGCACUAGUAAGACCAAUCACUACCCGUUGAGGUACCUUACGUUGCUUAACCAGUGGAGGGGGGAAAGUCGCG